AUGCCGAGCUCCACCACGGAGGACUCCGUCGCCGUUCCGCUGCUUCCCUCUCUCCGCCCUACCACCAACUCUACUUCUCAGGUCGCCAUCGUCGGCUCCAAUCUCUGUCCGAUCGAAAGCCUCGAUUACGAGAUCGAGGAGAAUGAUUUCUUCAAGCAGGAUUGGAGAGCUCGAAGUAAGGUACAGAUUUUCCAAUACGUCUUCAUGAAGUGGCUUCUAUGUUUUUUCAUCGGAAUUAUUGUUAGUCUUAUCGGAUUCGCUAACAAUCUCGCCGUCGAGAAUCUCGCCGGCGUCAAAUUCGUCGUUACUUCUAACAUGAUGUUGGCCCGAAGGUACAGUUUGGGGUUUCUUGUUUUCACUCUCACCAACCUCGUUCUUACUCUAUUUGCGUCGGUCAUUACGGCUUUUGUUGCGCCUGCUGCGGCGGGUUCCGGUAUACCGGAAGUGAAGGCCUAUUUGAACGGUGUAGAUGCACCAGAGAUAUUCUCGCUUCGCACUUUGGUUGUUAAGAUCAUUGGGAAUAUAUCUGGAGUGUCAGCGUCUCUUCUCAUAGGUAAGGCAGGGCCUAUGGUGCACACUGGUGCUUGUGUUGCAUCCAUACUUGGUCAGGGCGGCUCCAAAAGAUAUGGAUUGACUUGGAGAUGGCUCAGAUUUUUCAAUAAUGAUAGAGACCGAAGAGAUCUUGUAACUUGUGGGUCAGCUGCUGGUAUUGCUGCUUCAUUUCGUGCUCCGGUUGGUGGUGUCCUAUUCGCGCUUGAGGAGAUGUCAUCUUGGUGGAGGAGUGCACUUUUAUGGAGAAUCUUCUUUUCAACAGCUGUUGUGGCCAUUGUUCUCCGUGCUCUAAUCGAUGUGUGUUUAAGUGGAAAAUGUGGAUUAUUUGGCAAAGGAGGGCUGAUCAUGUUUGAUGUCUAUUCAGAAAAUGCAUCAUAUCAUUUGGGGGAUGUACUUCCUGUUCUUCUCCUUGGCGUUGUCGGGGGUAUUCUUGGAAGCUUUUACAAUUUUCUGCUCGAUAAGGUUCUUCGAGCUUACAACUACAUAUAUAAGAAAGGCGUUACUUGGAAAAUCCUCCUCGCUUGUGUUAUUUCAAUUUUCACUUCCUGUCUUCUUUUUGGAUUACCAUUUCUUGCACCAUGCCAACCUUGCCCUGCCAGUGCCUCAGAGGAGUGCCCUACGGUUGGCCGGUCUGGUAACUUUAAGAAGUACCAAUGCCCCUCUGGUCACUACAAUGAUCUAGCUAGCCUCAUAUUCAACACAAAUGAUGAUGCUAUCAAAAAUCUUUUCAGCAAAAACACUGACUUUGAGUUUCAUUACUUCUCGGUUCUAGUAUUCUUUUUCACCUGUUUCUUCCUCAGUAUCUUUAGCUAUGGCAUUGUUGCUCCAGCGGGUCUCUUUGUACCCGUUAUCGUAACAGGAGCAUCGUAUGGACGGGUUGUAGGGAUGCUGCUUGGUUCAAAAACAAAUCUUAAUCAUGGUCUAUUUGCUGUGCUCGGUGCUGCAUCUUUUCUCGGUGGAUCAAUGAGGAUGACAGUUUCCUUGUGCGUUAUUCUACUUGAGCUAACCAAUAAUCUGCUGCUACUGCCUAUGAUGAUGCUGGUCCUUUUGAUUUCGAAAACCGUUGCUGAUGCUUUCAAUGCCAACAUCUAUAACCUCAUCAUGAAGAUAAAAGGGUUUCCCUACCUCUACAGCCAUGCAGAGCCUUACAUGAGGCAGCUUACAGUUGGUGAUGUAGUCACAGGUCCACUUCAAGUCUUUAGUGGCAUCGAGAAAAUCGAGACUAUUGUACACAUUCUCAGAACCACCAAUCAUAACGGCUUCCCUGUGGUUGAUGGGCCACCAUUUGCUGCAGCUCCUGUCCUAUACGGCCUAAUCCUCCGGGCUCAUAUUCUGACAUUGCUAAAGAAACGAAUAUUCUUGUCUAGUCCAGUGGCUUGUGACUCCGAUACCCUUGCCCAAUUCACGGCUGAUGAGUUUGCUAAGAAGGGUUCUGGGAGGGGUGAUAGAAUAGAAGAUGUGGAAUUAAGUGAGGAGGAAUUGAAUAUGUAUUUGGAUUUACAUCCGUUCUCUAAUGCUUCGCCUUACACUGUUGUGGAGACGAUGUCACUCGCAAAGGCCCUUUUCCUCUUCCGUGAGGUUGGCCUAAGGCACUUACUGGUCAUACCAAAAAUCUCCAAUAGACCUCCAGUGGUAGGUAUAUUGACACGACAUGAUUUCAUGCCGGAACAUAUACUAGGCUUGCAUCCAUCCCUCUCUCGGAGCAAGUGGAAAAGGCUUCGGAUUCAGCUGCCUUUCCUCUCAUGA